AUGGUAGGCGUGUUCAAGCGCUCUCUUUCAUUUCCUAACAAAAUUCCUAGCCGUACUCCAUCAAAACCAUCCAUCUCUUACCACAAUAGAUCCAUCAGUCUUCCAUGCAGAUCACACCCUUUGAUUUCCCAGCUCCAAAAUGAGAUCGAUGAGCUUAAAACUUGGUCAUCCAAAGCAGAAAACAGAACGUCUGUUUGGCUUUGUGACGGCUUAAGUCGUCUUAAAGAUGUUCAAGAUUCUUUAGACGACAUCCUUCAGUUACCUCAAACACAAGACUCUCUUCGUCGACAGCCUAAAUGGGUGGAGAAGCUUCUUGAAGACUUUCUUCGCUUUGUCGAUGUUUAUGGAAUCUUCCAAACAUUAGUUUUGGCAGUUAAAGACGAUCAACUUGCUGCACGGGUAGCUAUAAGGAAGAAAGAUGACUCGAAGAUUGCUUUAUACAUCAAGUCACGCAAGAAAACGGCUAAAGAAAUAGCUAAACUCGUUUACACAGUUCGAUGCAUCGCAGGAUGCCCCUUUCCAGGAUUGGAUUCAGGACUGUCCGUUGGCGAUACUGAGUUGGUUGGUGUUAUUAUAGAUGUUAUCGAAGUAAGUGUGUUGGUUUCGGCUGCUCUUUUUAAUGGAAUCUCAUCCUCAUUUGCGUCAAGAAAAUCAUCCUGGAUUGGACUAAGGUUGCCGAAGAAGGCGAAGAAGGUUAAAAUUGACGAAGGGAUUCAAGAAUUUCAAGAAAUUGGAGUUGAGAGCUUGUGGGGGUUGAGAAAGAAGGGAGAUGAAGAGGUGAGGAUGGUUUUGAAACGGAUGCAAGAAUUGGAGGGGUGUAUCGGUGAUAUUGAAACUGGUGGUGAAAGAGUGUUUAGGAGUUUGCUUAACACUAGGGUUUCAUUACUCAAUAGUCUCGCCCUAUAG